AUGAAAGGCAACCGCCGCCAGCCCGCGGUGGCCUCGCAGCCGACUUCUCCCGCUUCUCCCACUCCCUCCAAGGGCACCUCGAAAUACGCGAACCGUGACGGAUCCAAGAUCAUCAGCGUCCCGAAGACUCCUUUAUCCGCCGAAACACCGCAGCCCUCGCCGACCGUUUCAGCUUCAAUGCCACCACCUACUCCAGGAAAAGGCCAGCCGCCUUCUAGCGCGCCGACCGCGCCUCCUGGCUCCAAUGCAUCAGGAAGUGAGGCGGCUCCCACCGUAAAUCGGAAGAAAGCCAAGCGGCGGGCAAAACUGGCCGCGAAGGCCGCUGCGGAAGCUGGUCUUACUGGUGACAAUCUGUCAAAUGGUGCCGCAGCUCAAUCUGCUGCAUCUAGCCUGCCAAAGGAAACAUCUGACGCAGGCCACAGUGAUAACGAAAGGGAGGCGCUUGGCCGGCCAUCUCAAACAAAUGGUCACACCACCACGGGGGCUUCCAAAUCGAAAAAGGGCAGGAAAUCGAAAAACGAGGAGGGACCGUCCAUAGACUCCGCUGUCUCAGCAACAGGGUCAAACCACCACGGAGAAAUGAGGCGACCACCAUCACCAAUUCCUCACGCCAGCCCAGGCCGGGCUUCCGGAAUUUCUAAGGAAAAGAUCUGGAAUACCAGCUCACAGGAAGAGCGGCAACGUAUCAAGGAGUUCUGGCUAGGUCUGGGUGAGGAGGAGCGCAAGUCACUUGUCAAGGUCGAAAAGGACGCAGUCUUGAAGAAGAUGAAGGAGCAGCAAAAGCAAACCUGCAGCUGCACCGUCUGUGGCCGUAAGCGAACCGCCAUCGAGGAGGAACUGGAAGGUCUAUACGAUGCCUAUUACGAGGAACUCGAGUCUUUCGCCAACCAGCCGAACCCCAACGGCGAUGUUCCACCGAUGUUAGGGCCAACAGGGCAUUUUGGGUCGACGGCUUACACAUCCCAGGUCAUGCCGUCAAAAUACCCGCCAAGGCAACCUUCCCGGGGACGCAUAGUCGAGCAUUGCGGCGACGAUGAGGAUGACGACGACGGCGAAGACGAGUACAGCGAGGAGGAGUUAGAUGAUGAUGAGGAUUACAGUGAUGAUGAGGAGCCUGAGGAGAUGCACCGCCAACGGCCAACCGAAUAUCAGACCGACUUCUUCAACUUUGGCAACUCACUCACUGUCCAGGGUACGCGGUUCCACGAGUCUCUGAAUUCCUUGCCUCCCUAUGCCAAAAGCUACAUGGAGCAAGUGCUGAAGUACGUUUUCCGUCGCGAUGUUGACCAUUCUCUAGGUGGCAUCCUCACUGUCGCCGACGACCUACUCAAAAACGACGGCAAAAAAUUCAUAGAAAUGAUGGAGCAGCUAGCCGAGCGCCGCAUGCAGCGUGAGGAGGACGCCAAGGAGCAGUUUGCUCGAAAUUAUCACAUGAACGGCAACACCUAUCCCGCACACGCCCAUCCUCCACCUGCCGAAGACGACGAAGAGUACGAAGACGAGGAGGAGGAGGAGGAGUAUGACAGCCAGGACGAGGAGUACGAUGAAGAAGAGGUACAAACCAACCCUGUUCACUGCGCUUGCCAUUGUCCCUGCCGCGGAGGCGAUUACGGUGAUGCUGGCAUGAGUGCCAGCGCCGAUGAUGGUUCUUAUCAGGAUCAUGGUCAGGAGUCACACGCUAAGCAGCAUCGGCACCUACAGGACUCGAUGACCGAGGAGCAGCGGAUGGAAGAGGGCCGCAGGAUGUUCCAGAUAUUCGCCGCCCGCAUGUUCGAGCAGCGAGUACUCACCGCUUAUCGAGAAAAAGUCGCUAAGGAGCGACAAGAGAAGCUGUUGGAGGAGCUUGCGCAGGAAGAUCGAGAGACCGAGAAACGAAAGGCGAAAAAACAAAAAGAAGCGCAAAAGCGACGAGAUAAAGCACUCCAAAAGAAGCAGGCCCAGGCGGAGGAGAAGGCCCGCAAGGAUGCUGAAAAGGCUGCCGAAGAAGCUGAGCGCCUUGCGGAAGAACAGCGUCGGCAGGAGGAGCAACGACAGAAGAACGAGGAACGUAAGAAGAAGAAGGAAGCGCAGAGAAAGGCAGAGGAGGAAGAGAGGCAGCGGAAAGAGGCUGAGCGGCUACGCCGGGCGCAGGAGCAAAAGGAGCGCCAAGCAGAACAGGAUCGCAAAGCGCGCGAGGCAAAAGAGAAGGAGAAAAAGGCAAAGGAAGAGGCUAAGCAGCGCGAGAAGGCUGCUCGUGAGCUCAAGGAGCGCGAGGCUCGUGAGCGUAAGGAGAAAGUGGAUAAGGAAAGGCUUGAAAAGGAGGCCAAGCUCAAGGCCGACAAAGAAGCGAAGGAGGCACAGAAGAAAGCGGAAAGGGCGUCGCAAAAGGCAACAGCCCUUGCAAAUGUGCCUGUACCCACCGGACCGGCCAGACGACAGUCGCAAGCACCGAAUCCAGCACCAGCUCUUCCUCAAAGCCAACAGGCCGUUGUUGCAUCCCCUCAACUUCCAACAGCUGUACCCGCUCUUCCGAAACUACCCACUCCCCAGAAACCGAGACGGCCAUCUCAACAGGAGCCCUUCACUUCUGGAUUCGCGGCUCAGCAAGGUCACGGACAGGGUGUGGGUCAGUAUCCUGCGCCUCCGAAGGCCGCAACACCAGUACAUACUAGCCCCGGACCAGGCGGCCCCCUCAGCAAAGGCAGCAGCAGCCAGGGUCAGUCGCUGCAUUCCCAGGCCACCUCACCAUUGGGCACGUCGCUUCCUACGUCGACUUCUUUACCUCCCCCAUUCGGCAUGCCUCAUCCUCCUCCUAAUCAACAUUUUCCUCCAGGCAUAGGGCCACUAAACGCGCCUCCCGGCUUGGGAGGCCCACGUCUAUUCACUGAUUACCCUGAACAAAUGUAUCAGCAGAGUCCCUUUGGAUUCAGGCAAGCUGGGCAACAGCAUCCCCAGCUACCGCCAGGGCUCGGGAUUCCCUUGGGCCCGGGACGCGGCCUCGGCCAUGGGCCUCCGCCGCCCCCGGGAUUAUCAGCUCAACAGUCUGAUUUUCCCAACAUGCCUGCAAGUAUUUUUGGCAGUAUACCAAAGGAACCUUCCCCUUUGAGCUCCCAUUCGAGGCAAGCGUCGGCGAGCUUCGACAGUCCGAUCGCGGCAACGCCAAUAGCGCGUCCCGCUCCGAUUGGUCGUCCGGGAAGCGUCGUGCAAGGGCGGCGUGGCUCAUCCGAUUCUCCUGGUCGCCCUACUCAGGACAACUUGGAGGAGACUAGCGCCCCCCACCUAGGUUCUAGUGCCUUAUUAGAAGAUGAUCUGGACGAGCCCCUGAUGGACGAUUUUAUACAAGGCGCUCGGUCGGCUAGACGAAGCAUCCCUGGCCCUCCACAGGCAAGCCGGUUCCCCCCGCCUGGGGUAGGAUCGUAUCCCAUGAGCAACUCCCCCUUCGGCCCAAGUCUCUGGUCGCAGCCGGCGGGUCCAUCCCUUGUCAAUCAAGGGUUCGGCUGUUCCUUCGGACAACCUGCCCCUCCGCCAGGAUUCAACAGUCUUUCAGAUGCCCUGAGCGCCAACAGCCCCUGGACCGUGCCCAGUCGUCCCCCGGCGAGGCACAACCUGGUUCAAAUGCGCAAGAUCCUGAUACAAGCUUGUUUAGACCUCGCCUCUGACAAGACACCGCUGCUUGAUGAGAAGGCAGAAGAUCCAAGCCGCCGGUACCUGGCCAUCGCGGCUAUCAAGAAACACGUGGACGCGCACUAUGGUGCUAUGGCGUUCACGAUGGACGAUCUUAUUAGCAUGUCUAACACUGAAGGCAACGCAAAUAAUGGAGGUGGCAGUUUUGACACGCAAGAAAUAGACGGACAAUUGUGUGUGCGGUGGGUCCCUGACGACAUUGGAGAGUCGAGGACAGUUGGACGCAGUGUUGGCGAGAUCGGUAGCCCAAUCGUCGGCUCCAGAGGUUGA